ACAACUUCCGGUGUAGAGAUGGCAAUGGUUUUAAUUGUUAUUGAAUUUUAUAGUUUCGACCGAAAAUCGACUGUAUUCAUUCAUAUCUCGAAGAAUAUGCAGUGUGGAUCAAGCAAAGGAAGUUUUCUUUCCUAUUUAAUUUAUCGAUUCUAUUUUAGAAAUUGAUUAUUCAACGCAGUUAUCAAAUUGAAAUUACUUAAGUAUAUAAAACUGUUGGUCGACGAAAAAUGUUCAGUACCAAAAAAAACCUGACAUGUUUUUCCCAGAAACACAUAUAUUGGUUUCGACAAUGUGCAUUCUAUCAGUACUUACUAAUUCUGAAUGAUGACUCAUUCUUUUGUUGUUGUUUUUUUUAAUUUUCUUUAUGAUGUGUCUUUGGCAAUAUUGUUUACACUUUCAGCUGCUGUUGAGUCUGAGAUACUUAGCCAAAGGGGCGUUUAACAGUGAAGUCGCAGACACUCAUGGUGUAAGCAGAAGCACAGUUUGCAGAGUAAUUGGCAGAGUUGUCAAUAGUAUAAAUGCAAAUAUUGACAAUAUAAGAUUUCCCACGCAGCCUCAGAGUUUGCUUCAGACGAAACGCGAAUUUUACAGAAAGUGCUCUCUGCCGAAUAUUGUGGGUGCUAUUGAUGGCACUUUGGUACCAAUAGUGGCACCAACAGAGAAUGAAGAGGUUUACGUGUGCAGAAAAGGGUUUCAUGCCCUUAAUUGUCAGGCGGUCUCCUCACCAGACCUGAAAUUCCUGGAUGUUGUUGCUCGGUGGCCAGGUUCCACCCAUGAUUCUGCAAUAUUUGAAAAUUCCCGGAUGAAGGACUACCUUGAUAACCAUGAUGGGAUGAUACUUCUUGGGGACAGCGGGUAUGCUCUCAAGAGGUAUCUGCUUACACCCAUCCCCGCCCCCCGUAAUGAGCAAGAACACCUGUAUAAUAGACGGCAUAGGCAGGGUCGAUUGUGCAUAGAGAGAACCUUUGGUCUACUCAAGUCAAGAUUCAGAUGCCUUCACAAGACUGGUGGUGUGUUACCAUUCAAGCCGCAAAAAUGUGCAAGCGUAUUCGUGGCAUGUUGUCGCUUGCACAACCUGUGCUUGCAGAACGGUCUUCCAGAUCCACCAGAACUUGAUUUGGAGGAGGAUCAUGAUCAGGAAGUGGACGCACCUGACAACAACCUUGGUGGUCAGGCUAACAACUUCCUGCCUCCAAAUUUGUUUAUCCAAGCAGACAACUGUUGGAGGGAAAAUAAGAACCGUUAUGUAUUUGCAUUUCUGGAAUUGUUAGUGGCAGAACAGGUUUUCCAUGAGGUUCAUAUGUCCUUCCUUAUUGUUGGCCACACGCAUGAAGACAUUGAUGCAAAAUUUAGUGAGGUUUCCAGGCUGUUAAAUACUAAAGAUGCUGAAUAUUUUGAUGACUUCUUAAACGUUUUGAAAAAUGCAGAGCGUAUCACACAAUUUUUGAUGUUAAGUCAUGGAUUGAGGGUGAUUUGAACAAAGUUGACCACAUCACCCAACCUUUGCACUUUAAAUUUGUUUCUGUGGACGGUGGUGUAAAAGUGUUUUAUAAAGGGGUACAAUCUCAGCCGUGGUCAGCCCUUAAUGGGAACUUUUUGAAUAAAGCGCCAAGUGGAAAGCCAGAAAUAUUGAAGCCAAAUUUUAGUAAAAUUGAAAUAGAUAAAAAUGUUAAACAAAUUAAAGCUCUGAAACUAAUUUUCAAAAAGCAGGAUAGUACACAAAAGUGGCUAGACUUUUACGAAUCGCUCAAUUCCAACAUGGACAGUUUAGAUUCUGGAGUAUUUCCUUUAACACUGCUACCGAGACAACCUAUAAGGCAGGCCUUUCCACCAGGACAAGGAAUGGUUCCUGAAGUUCGUGAACUGAUUGAAAAGGAAAACAGACAGCCAUUGGUACAGAUAAAAAAGCGGAAAACUGGAGACGAAGCUUCUGACCUCAGGGUUGCCAAAUAGAAGAAUGAUAACACUUCUGGUGGGAAAGGGUUUGGCAAAAGGAAGAGAAGAUUUAUAUAUGACACAACACUGUGCAGAUCACGACUGGUCAUGAUUUCAGAUGAAGAAAGGAAGAAACAUCUGUGGAUAAAAAUCUUGAUGGACCUGUAUACUUCAUUUAUGCAGUAUAUGCACAUCUUGUUGCUCAUUUUGUAUGUGUUCUGCUGCCUUUUUGAAGGAUAUAUUUUGUUUAUUCUAAGGUUAUUGCAAGAACUUCUGCGUCAAUCUUUACUAGAACACAUGGGUUUAUUCCAACCCAGAGUUUCAUUUUAUGGUGAAAUUGGAUCAGUCAAUUGAAUUUGUUUUAGCAAAUAUACGUCUCUGGUGGGCAAAAAUAAGACACUAUUAUUGAGGUGUAGUGUUUAACAAUUUGUAUCCAGUCAAAUGUUCCUUAUUUCGCCAGUUGUCUUUAUAAUCCCCGAAAGUAUUGAGUGAGAUAUCCUUUAUAAGCUAUUGUAACUGUACAUUUGUUCAUAUGCAUUUUUCUACCAAUUUUCGAUUUCGGUUUAGAAAUGCUUUGUAUGAACUUGUCUUCACAUAAAAAUGCUUUAUUAUGUCCCCCUUCGAAGAAGAGGGGGUAUAUUGUUUUGCUCAUGUCGGUCCGUCCGUAUGUCCGUCUGUCCACCAGAUGGUUUCCAGAUGAUAACUCAAGAACACUUAGGCCUAGGAUCAUGAAACUUCAUAGGUACAUUGAUCAUGACACACAGAUGACCCCUAUUGAUUUUGAGGUCACUAGGUCAAAGGUCAAGGUCACGGUGACCCGAAAUAGUAAAAUAGUUUCCGGAUGAUAACUCAAGAAGGCUUAUGCCAAGGAUCAUGAAACUUCAUAGGUACAUUGAUCAUGACCCACAGAUGACCGCUAUUGAUUUUCAGGUCACUAGGUCAAAGGUCAAGGUCAUGGUGACCCGAAAUAGUAAAAUGGUUUCCGGAUGAUUACUCAAGAACUCUUAUGCCUAGGAUCAUGAAACUUCAAAGGUACAUUGAUCAUGAAUCGCAGAUGACCCUAUUAAUUUUCAGGUCACAAGGUCAAGGUCAGGGUGACUCGAAACAGUAAAAUGGUUUCCGGACGAUAACUCAAGAAUGCUUACACCUAGGAUCAUGAAAAUUCAUAGGUUCAUUGAUCAUGACUGGCAGAUAACACCUAAUAAUGUUCAGGUCACUAGGUCAAGGUCACAGUGACUCGAAACAGUAAAAUGGUUUCCUGAUGAUAACUCAAGAAUUAUUAGGCCUAGGAUCAUGAAACUUCAUAGGUACAUUUAUCAUGACUAGCAGAUGACCCCUAUCGAUUUUCAGGUUACUAGGUUAAAGUCACAGUGACAAAAACUAAUUCACACUUUGGCUGCCACUUCAACUGACAGCCCAUAUGGGGGGCAUGCAUGGUUUACAAACAGCCCUUGUUAAAAUAGAUUUUGUGAAUUUGGGAUUGCUAAUGUUUAAUUUUUAUGUCUCCGAAGGAGGGCAUAUAGUGAUCGGACUGUCCGUCUUUCUGUCACACUGCGUUUAGGUUUCGCGUUUAGGUUUCAAAAAAUGCUCAUAACUUCUAUGCCCCUUCACAUAGCAACUUGAUAUUUGGCAUGCAUGUGUAUCUCAUGGAGCUGCACAUUUUGAGUGGUGAAAGGUCAAGGUCAUCCUUCAAGGUCAAAGGUAAAAAAAACAUGUAUCAACGCAGCGCAGUAGGGGGACAGUGUGUUUCUGACAAACACAUCUCUUGUUUUAUGUUCUAUAAUAUGUUUGUAUGUCAGGAGAAACAAUAAAGUUUUGUUUUUACAAUACAUAACUAAACUUGUGGCAGAAUUGUUUAGUAAUGAAAAUACAAAUUGCAGCAAUUGCAUCUGUUAAAGAACUUUGAAUGGUUAUAAUUGAUGUAAAGAUUGUUUUAUUGAAAUAUUUCAUUUUUAAAAUGACUUCACAUGUUAAAAAAAUGUUAUGUAUUUUUUAUAAAAUUUUUUUAUUAAUUUUUGUUAGUCAUAAAAAAAUAUUGAAUCAUUCACACUAUUUCAUAAAUUUUCUGACCUACUGACUGGUGGAUUGCGAACAUAAUGGUAUACCUUUGUGUGUGUUUGUAUUUAUUAUUACAUGUUUUUUAAUUAAAAAAUAAAUUAAGAAUUAUACAUUUAAAAGUCGUUUACCUUCCAUUUUUUUCAGUGUGAUUUUUUCUGUGUGAUUAUGCAUAUCUGGAAGUGUGUACCGCUGGCGUAACAUUUUCAAAGAAUUUAUCUGUCUAUGUUAUUAUGAACUUUAGGGAGUUUGUACCGCCGGCGUAACAUUUUCAAAGAAUUAUCUGUCUGUGUGAUUAUGAACCUUAGGGAGUUUGUACCGCCAGCGUAACAUUUUCAAAGAAAUAUCUGUCUGUGAUAAUGCAUAGUUUGUACCGCCGGCGUAACAUUUUGUCAUUGUAGAGUAACAUUUUCAAAUAUCUGUCUGUGUGAUAAUGAACCUUAGGGAGUUUGUACCGCCGGCGUAACAUUUUCAAAGAAUUAUCUGUCUGUUUGAUUAUGAACCUUAGGGAGUUUGUACCGCAGGCGUAACAUUUUCAAAGAAUUAUCUGUCUGUGUGAUUAUGAACCUAAGGGAAUUUGU